UUCUUAAAAACUAGCCUUGACUACCUCACAUCAUUAAAUCCCUGAGACAAACCUUAAGGACUUUGCGACUUAGAAAAGAUGUUGUUAAACUUUCAAUGUACAGACACUUCAGAAACGUUUUGAUACUUUAUAUAAUAGCUGUUCCAGUGCUCCUGAUUUGGUUUAGUAUUGAAUUCAUAUUUAAUGAGUACCUUUUUGAUUGGAAAACACUUUGGAUGGAUAAUGCCCUCUGGCAUAUAUUUUUUUCUGUGAUUCUUAUUGUCAUCAUGGUACUGUGGCGUCCCACUUCAUAUAACUUGAGGUAUGCAUUCUCCGCAUUGCUGGAUGUCACAGAUGACAACAGCAUGACUCAAAAGAGCACCACAGAGCUCUGAUCAAGCCUCCCCCUAACGAGAUAUGAAUCUAUGGAGCAAAGAAAACACCUAGAGCUUGGGUGAAUAAAAAAUAUACUGCUCCGCAUAUUUGGAGCAAUCCUCACAAAUUUAGGAGAUUUUUAAAAGCUUUUAUUUAGUUUGCAACGUCUGUUUGUAGGUUUGUGGCAAAUCUUGUAACUGAAAUUCGACCCACUUCUAAUGCAGCGAUUGUGUUCAAACUUUCCAGAUAGGCGCCACUUCAAUGACGAUACAAGUCUAUCUAUUUUUUAAUUUAAUUAGAUGCUUUAAAAAUUAAUUAAACGGUUUCGAAACUAAGGGGAAGUAAAAAAAUUAAAUCACCUGACCAGUCAUGGUGAGCUGUGGUUCAUGAGAAUGUUUACAAUCGUAAAAAGUAAAAGCUUGUAAAAAAAAAUUAGAUCUACUUGCAAAAUUAAGAUAAUUAAUAUAAUUACUUUUUGCUAAAGUUAAAACCAUCACAAAGGGUAAAAAAAAAUUAAAUAGUUAAACCAGUCACUUACUGGUCAAACAAACUGAAAAUAAAUAAAAACCUUGACCGUCACCCAUUGCUUCUAAGAAACUACACAAAAUAAAUCUAUCUAAAACAAUUGCAACCUGUACAAACUAUGGUGAAGGGAAACAACCCAGUGGUGAAUUAAAUGUCACAUCAUUUCUAUAUUUUCAAAAACUGGUUAAUCAACAUUACCCAAAUCAUAUCAGCAAAUAUAUUUAUCCUAAAGAAAAUAUAAUUCUGAAAGCAGUUUUAAAAUAUUAAAGAUUUUGCUGGCUACAGACAUGACACAUACAGUUGUGUGUUUCAUUCUGUGUAACAUUUAUCUAAGUUAACAAGACCAAAUCAGUUUUUUAAAAUCCAAGAUGUGACUUUUUAAUCUACUAAGCAUAUGGAUUUUGUUUUAACAUUCAUUUUCUCUGUACAUCACAUGAUGUGUACAAAUAUUAUUAUAGAGUUUAGUGAAUGACUUAAGUCUUUUAAAUCUUUAAAUAUAUGUUCCAAGAAAAGCUUAUAUACAUUACCUAUAAUUUUUAAUUUCGCCUAUUAUAACUGCUGAACACUUACUUAGUACUGCUUGUAUUAAUACUCAUGUAAACAAUUUGUGAGAUGUUUUAAUUUUAUAACAUUUUAUAAGACUAUUUUAUACAUAUACUACAGUUGUUUUAUUAAAUGCCAUAUUACAUAAAUCUGUCUUUGAUUCAAUUUGAAUUCUUUCUAAGUAUCCAAAUAAGUAUAAUUAAAACUUGAGACAAUGA